CUCGGGAAGAUGCUGAGAUGCAUAUGCAUACAUGUUGCGAUGGGCAUCUGAUUCUCUCUUAUAAUAGUCCCAACCACCUCCAACUUCAACUUGAAGACUUCAUAAGCAAAACCAUAAUCAUAACAUUUCGUCGGUCGAAUUGGUUUUCCUUCAUUUAAGGGUACCCAAGCACGAUAUGUCGGGCAUGGAGAUAGAUGAUCCCAAAGAGCAAGAACAUGCAGAGAAUGCGCAUAUACAACAGCUUGACAGAGACUCCCCUGAAGCGGAUCCAGAACAUGCAGACAAAAGCAAUGAAAAUUCCAUGCCCUCUGCCCAAGAGGAGGAGGCAAUAAUCAAGAAAAAGUACGGAGGACUGUUACCCAAGAAAACGCCACUCAUAUCUAAGGACCAUGAACGUGCUUUCUUUGAUUCUGCUGAUUGGGCACUCGGAAAGCAGGGUCAGAAGCCCAAAGGACCACUAGAGGCACUUCGCCCGAAAUUGCAGCCCACGCCGCACCAGCAAGUCCGUUCUAGGAGAUCAGCUUAUGCUCCUGCAGAUGGUGAAGAUGGAAGCAUUGCUACCGCUGAGGAUCUGAUCAACAACGAGUGAUUGCGGUAAGUUGGUCAUUUUUCCAUGAGUCGUUUAAUUCACUUUGACAAAUAAGAAAAUGGUUCUUGUAUUUUGUUCUCUUGUGACAAGGAAUUGUUGUUGAGAGUUGUGCUGCUGGAAUUGCCAGCAUAUAUAAACUCAGAACCAAGUCUAUCUUUGCUUUCUUAGCGAAAUGCAUACACAUUAGCUUAUGAAUGUUGUGUUCUCUAUUUUCAAAGAGCAACGACUGGGAUGAUUGAUGGAA